UCAGAAUCCCUUUAAAAUUGUUAUAGUUUAUGCUAGAAUAUAGAAAGUAAAAAGAUAUGGAUCGAUUCUAUUGGUUUAAUGGACAAUGUGAUGUUAAUGAACGCCAGUUGCAUCACCAGUUGAGUGUUCGUUUAUAUGAUGGUGAUGAAAAGACAACUUUUGAUUCUGGAUUAGUCAAUUUGACAAACCUGAAGUUAAUUUGGAAAGACGAGGAACAAAAGGACAGAGUAAUUGCAAUAAACUUAGAUCUGAUAAAAAAGAUUGAAUUUGAGGGCUCUAGUAUGUUCAAAAGCGCCAAAAUCACUCUGCACUUACAACAAGCACCACCAGAUAAACCGAGUGGACCAAAACGAGCAAGUUCUCACAAUUACAUUAGACUUUCCUUCAGAGUUGGUGGGCAAGAAGCGUUUGGAAAAGCUCUUCAAAAUGCACUUUCACAAAAAGAUUGGGAAAAAAUUGCUGCUGCUGCUUGUGCACCUUCUCAACCACAAGCUCCUCAGAUAUCCCAUCGGCAUGUUGGUAUUGGUGGUAUUGAGCGAAAAAUGCAAGAAAAAUAUAAAAAGACUGAUGAAAGUAUCAAUCAAGCAUUCAAAGAUUUAGAUGCGCUUAUCGACAAGGCAAAAGAUAUGGUUGUUCUGGCUGAAAAGUUUUCUUCAAAGUUGCAAGAUAAAAAGAUUUCAAUUACAGACGAUGAGACUGUCGCCUUCAAAUCGUAUUUACUUAGUAUGGGUAUUGACAAUCCAGUAACAAGGGAUACGCAUGGUUCUGGUGUAAGAUAUCACGAAGAGUUAGCAAAGCAAUUAGCCUCGUUUCUAAAUAAUAUAAUUGAGGAUGAAGGUGGCGUGAUGACUUUAACUGACGUUUAUUGUCGAUUCAACCGUGCUCGUGGAAUGGAGCUGAUAUCUCCAGACGACGUUUACAACGCAGCGAAAAUGUUUGAAGGUCUCAGGUUACCUAUGAGACUGCGAAAAUUUGACAGUGGUGUGUUAGUAAUACAAUCGUUGGCGCAUACAGAGGAAGAAAUUAUAAGUAAAACAACGAAAAAGGUUAUCGAAGAGGGAUCUCUCACAGCGGAAGAACUAGGUGGAAUCCUCGGAUUAGCUUUCACACUAGCAAAAGAAAGGUUAUUGCUAUCGGAAAAAUUCGGUAAGCUUUGUCGAGACGAUUCUGUGGAAGGACUUCGAUUUUAUCCGAAUAAAUUUCUGGACGCUGGUGUCUGAAUAGAUUUGGCGAAUGAAUGUUUCAUUCCGCUUAAAGAUAAAUGCAAGAACGUGCAAAUCAGUUUUCACUAUAAGAGAUAAACUAAUGGACAUGAUGAAAAAGCGAAUUUGUGCAGAAUUUUAAUUUGGUUUUAAACUUUGAAAAGGGAAGGGUGGAACACUUGUGCCCUUUUAUGUAAUAACAAUGUCGCCAUUUUUAUGUAAUAACAAUAUUAUCAGUUUGAAAUCAUUUUUAUUGGUGUUUUAGAAUGGUAGGUGUAAAAAUGCAAACAGUAGAGAAUUAUAACGCGCCCUAUCGUGUGGACAUAAGGAGUUAUUUAAGGUUGUUAUUAAGGAAAA